UCCGCCUCCGCCCUCCUCCUUGGCCUCCAGCCGCCAGCCAACCGCGCGGCCGCUUGUUAAGCCUGGGCUCCACUGUCUCCAUGACGCCCGGCAAACAUUCCGGUGCUUCAGCCGGAGCCGCUAACUUCGGGGGUUGGGGGUACAGGGACUGCAGAAGCAGGCGGAAGGGGUGGUCGACCACUCCCCAGCCAGUCGCCACCAUGCCCACGUCUCCGGUAAACAUCCGCAAGCAGACGACCGUCGGAUUGAACACUGGCACACAGCCAGUGAAGUCUAUUAGCUUGAUUGGCCCAGGAAAAGGAGCUCAAACAAAAAGAUCUGUUAGUGUACUCCAAAGCAGAAUAGCUGUGUCAAGAAGCACGAUGCUCCUACCUGACGUAAAGACAGCAGAAAAAAUGAGUAUUUCCAACAUAAGGGGAAUCACACAGGUGUUUGAUGUAAAUGGAGUUGAUGUUACUCCUCGGCCUCUGUACCGUCCAGAUCUAUAUGGUACAGCAAAGCCAAAUAGACUAUUGACAUCACAAGAAGGAUCACUUGGAUCAGAAUAUGUACUCUCCUAUAGCAUUUAUCAAAAUACACUGACUCCCAGUAUAUUAGGGCAAUUUACAAGGUCAGUUUUAGGAAGCAGUACAGUUUCUAAGUCAACUGCAUCGACUAGUGAAUCAAUAGCAGAAGACCUAGAAGAACUAUCCUAUAAACGGGAAAAAUUGGCUAGUUUUACAGAUUUUCGAGUUAUGAAGACAACACCUGGAAAAACUGUAACAAAAGAAGACCUGGGAAAGACUAUAGAGAUAAUACUCACAGAGACAGAAACCCUGAGACUUUUUAACCUUCCAACAGUCAUGGUUUCGGUAGAAUCUGAAGAAGCUGAGGAAGUAAGCCGGAGAAAUAAGAAUUAUGAGAGCCUUUGUAAGAAUAGAUUAGGCAAUGACUUAUAUGUUGAAAGGAUGAUGCAAACUAUUAAUGGAGCACCAAAGAAUAAAGAUGUUCAAUGUGACAGAAUCAUAAAGGAAGACAAAGGUAUAAUGUCUACUGCUUGGGAUUUGUAUGAUUCUUAUAGCGCCCUGGAACUUUCAUCUCUACCAGAAAAACAAUCUAUAGUUGAUUCAAGUGGUAGAGCAAGCAUAGCUUCUAAAGAUCGGGACCAAAGAGGGCCAGGAAGUACUAUAGAAAAAAAUAGUGAAGCUAGUUCUCUGAUGGAUAUAGAAAAUGUAAUUCUUGCUAAAAUGCAUGAUGAUGAAGAAGACCACUCAGAUGCAAUAUUCAAAUCUGAAAAGUUCCAUCAGGACUUAUUUUUUAUGGAACGAGUUCUAAUGGAAAAUAUAUUUCAGCCAAAACUUGCAGCUUAUCGUCAGCUUCCUGUUUUAAAAGAACCAGAACUUGAAGAGCCUGAAGACUUUUUAGAAGGUGAAAAUCUUGCGGAGGUAGAAAAAGUGGUUAAGAAGGAAGAGGAGGAAGAAAUAGAAAUAGGUGCUCAACAAUCAACAAUACCAGCCAAUUUGGAACGACUUUGGUCCUUUUCCUGUGACUUAACUAAAGGCCUUAAUGUGAGCAGCCUUGCCUGGAAUAAAAUAAAUCCAGACCUUUUGGCUGUUGGCUAUGGGCACUUUGGAUUUAAAGAGCAAAGAAAAGGAUUGGCUUGUUGCUGGUCAAUAAAGAAUCCUAUGUGGCCAGAACGUAUUUAUCAGAGUCCAUACGGAGUUACUGCUGUGGAUUUUUCUAUUGGAACACCUAACCUUUUAGCAGUUGGCUAUCACAAUGGCACCAUUGCAGUCUAUAACGUACAGAGCACCAGUAACGUCCCAGUUCUGGAUAGUAGUGAAUCACCUCAAAAACAUUUGGGACCUGUAUGGCAGCUCCAGUGGAUAGAGCAAGAUAGAGGAACAACGGGUGAUGACAAAAGAGAAAUACUCGUUUCUAUAUCAGCAGAUGGAAGAAUCUCCAAAUGGGUUAUACGGAAAGGACUGAACUGUCACGAUUUGAUGCGUUUGAAGCGAACUGCUGCCAGAAGCAGCAAAAAAGGAGGGGAAAAGGAAAAGAAAGGUGAAGCUUUGAUAUCUCGACAGGCUCCUGGAAUGUGUUUUGCUUUUCAUCCCAAGGACACAAAUAUCUAUUUGGCUGGCACUGAGGAAGGUCAUAUUCACAAAUGUUCUUGUUCAUAUAAUGAACAAUACCUAGAUACCUACAGAGGACAUAAGGGUCCAGUGUAUAAAAUAGCAUGGAACCCAUUUUGUCAUGAUGUAUUCUUAAGCUGUUCUGCAGAUUGGGGUGUUAUUAUAUGGCAACAGGAGAAUCUCAAGCCAUUUUUGAGUUUUUAUCCAACUACUUACGUUGUUUAUGAUGUUGCCUGGUCUCCAAAGUCAUCCUAUGUAUUUGCAGCUGCCAAUGAGAGCAGAGUGGAGGUUUGGGAUCUUCACAUCAGCACUUUGGACCCUCUGAUUGUGAAAGUUGCUAACCCUGGAAUCAAGUUCACAACCGUUCUCUUCGCCAAACAUACAGAUUGCCUUCUAGUAGGAGACAGUGAUGGGCAGGUUGCUGUGUAUGAAUUAAGAAAUAUGCCCACUGUUUCAGGGUCUGGCCGGAGAGAUAGGAUAGACACUUUGCUUGGACUCAGGCCAAACCAACCAGGAUAAUUCAUCAUUACUGAUAUGUUUUUUGUUAUUGUUUAUAGAAAAAGGAACAGUGUUUAAUAAUCCAGUAGUCUGAUUUGUAUGCAGUAAGCUGGGGUUUGGAUUUUUUUAAAAAAAUUAAUGUAUAACUUCCAUUUUAAAUUAAUGUAAAUUUAGUGAACUUUUAUUUCAGAGAUAUGUGAUUAGUUUGUAAUCUAAGCUAAUUGUAAGAGUUUUGUUGGGAUUUUCUUAAUUUUUGAAAGCUAUUCCUACUCUGUUUCUUAAUCAUAUUCCAAGUAUAUGCACAUACUUACAAAAUAUCUAAAUAUGUUAGAAAAUUAUUAUUUCUUUAGAAGAAAAGCCUCGAAAUUAUUAGAAUUCCUUAAACAAAAAUCUUUAUUAAGACAAAGUUUCAUAUGCUUUUAAAUCUUCUGCCUUCCAAGCUUUCCAAGGAUUUGUGAGUUAUGCAGGUGUUAGUAUUAUGCGAAUAUUAGAUUCUCAUACACAACUUGAAAUCAAAUUUUAUCCUCUUAGAUAUGAGUGCUGAAGCUAUAGUACUUUGUUAGACUGUUUAACAAGCAAAAGACAUGACAGCAAAUGUCAGAACUGCACUGUUUGGCCAGCAGGCAUCAUACAUACACCCAGUUCAGUGAGAAGAGUUAGCCUGGGGCACAUUAGGGCACCCUCCUCUGCACGCCCAGAACCUGCUCUGGGUUUUAGGCCCAGAUUUAAGUGGGCCCAGGGAGAAAAGAGAAAGUCCCUGAUCUAUAGUUCCUAUCAGGAUGUUAUUUUAUAAUGGGUUCUAGGGCAGGCUUGUGGAAAUAGAAGGCGUGGGAGGCAGUAACGCCUCCAAAUAUAGAUUGCUAACAAUCUGUUCCAUGCUGUUUGUUUUAACAAGUCCUGGAUUUUGUUAACUGAGGCUGUUGGACAGUAUGGCCCAUAAAGCAUUCUAAGUGGAGAGGAAAAGAUAAAGCAUUUAAAACUCACUAAACUCUCUGAAAAAAAAUAUACAUACAUAUUAAAAACUGAGAAUGGAAUCAGGGCAGUAGUAGGAAGUACCUUUUACAAGUAUCCAUUUCUUCACAAUCUCCAUUUCUUUGGGACCAUCCUUUAAAAAAAAAACAAAACGCAAGGCAACUUUUAGGUGGACUAAGAGCUUAUGUCAGGUUAUAAAGAUUAUACAUUUUCUACUGAUAUGCAAGUUGUAAGUCAUUGUGAUUCUUCUCUUUGUCUUUCUGAAAAGCUGGUACAACAAAAUAAAAACUUCAUUUAAUUGAAAAAAAUGUGCUUCUUUUCAUUACGUCUUUUUGAUAUUUAAAAUAUUUUCACAUAUUAUACUUCUCUUGCUCAUCAAGCCUAAAUGAAAAAUAAAGCUAUUUUAUACAUUUUGGAUCCUGGGAAACUGAUCCUGAAGCACUGAACCUGUUCCACUCUGCCUUCCUCACCCCUGAUCUUACAGACUCUCCCUUACUUUCAGAUUAGCAUCUAAUUUCUAAGAUAUUUCACCUGAGAGUUACAGGAAGCAUUAUUUUGCUGGCUUUCUAGGCUGGCUUUGGAUUCUCACUAGUAAAUUCUAUUUACCAUAAAAUUAAAACAAAAAAUGUAAGACUAUGUUUUUUCGAGCAGUUGUUUUAGGUUUAUCAUACAAUUGAAAGGGAGGUACAGAGAUUUUUUCUUAUACCUCCUGCCCCAACACAUACAUAGCUUCCCCACUUAUCAACAUCACUCACCAGAGUGGUGCAUUUGUUGUAAUUAAUGAAUUUACACUGACAUAAUCAUGCAAAGUUCACAGUUUACAUUAGGGAUCACUCUUCAUGUUGUACAUUCUAUAGGUUUGGGCAAAUGUAUAAUGACAUGUAUCCAUCAUUAUAGUAUCAUAUAGAGUAUCUUUACUGCUCUAAACAUCACCUGUACUCUGCCUGUUCAUCCCUAAACUCUCCCAUCCAGCAACCACUGAUUUUUUUACUGUCUCAGUAGUUUUGCCUUUUCCAGGAUGCUAUGUAAUUAGAAUCAUACGGUAUGUAGCCUUUUCAGAUUGGCUUCUUUCACUUAAUAACAUGAAUUUAAGGCUCUUCCAUGUAUGUUCUUGGCUUUAUAGCUCAUGCCUUUUUAGAGCUGACUAAUAUUCCGUUGUCUGGAUGUACCACAGUUAA